UUAACUGUGGUUACCUGCCAACUCUAUCGCAAUGACUAAUCGCGGGAAGUUUAAGUUUCAAUCCGCCUCUAAAAGGUCGCGGUCAUUGAAAGCAUCCUCAUUCAGUGACAUAAGCACAGUAGCCCAGCCUGAAGUGCCAAUUGAAAAUCGUCGUUCUUUUCUUCAUAAUGUUCGCAUUACUCUUCGGUCAAAGGAACUGAUUACUUACAAUCAAGAGCUCAAAGGAAUUCUUGAUAACUGCGGUGUAUUGACUGAGGGCAAAUUUGCAACAUCGUGGCCAUUCCCCAAGUGGAGUGAGUAUGCCAUCCAGACCUUGUUGCGCUGCGCCCAGGCUGCUAGUACCAGGGAGUUAACACCAAUAUGCCGUCUUCUUGCCUUUUUCUUUAAGGACUAUGGAGAUCAAAUAUGCGUUAAUAUGCCAUUUGGCGAUCUCCUCAAUAUCUUGGAAAAUAGCCCCGAAAACAAUUCUGAGCCUAUAUUUUCCCUGCUAGCGACACACUUUAGGGCCAAUAGUCGUUGUGUAAGUGAGGACUUGGACGAUCUAAUAGCGCUUUUUACACCAUGGCUACGUCAUAGCAAUCAGCUUAUACGGCGUAUGUCGAUGGAGUCCUUGAGUUUGCUAUUGAGGAGAAUCCCAGAUAAGAGGAUGGAUAAUUCAGAGCACCUGCUAUUUGGUAUCAUAAAGAAUGUCAACGGCACCUUUACCACCAAGUUGCAUCCUUUGUUUAAACAUCUGCUCUGUACCUUGCCCACUCUUGACAUCUGCCAUGGCAAUGGUGUGUCCCUAUUGGACGCUAGGUCUAGGAUAGCUGCAGGCUUCCGAGAGUGCCUCAUGAUGAUGAAGAAACAUUGUAAAAGUGCCAAGAUGGACAUCGCUUGGUUGCAUACGUCAUAUGAAGAAUUCAUUGCUAAAUUCAAUGACGAUUCAUUAUCUCCUGACGCCAUUGCCUCUUACAGCAUAUCUGCGGAAUUGAGCAUUGAGCUGUUUUUAUUGUUCGGGAAUAAUCACAAUGUCAAGAUAAAGGACAUGGUUUUAGUGCGAUCACCCACUUCUUUUGAUGCAUUCCUCACCUUUUUUGUCAUUCCACUACUACGCUUUGCCAAAUGUCUUGGACCCCAAGGUGACGGUCUUUUUUGCGAAAUAUGCCAACUUUUGGUUAGAGUCGUGCGCAGUGAUACUGAAUGUACCAAUGUUUUACGUGAUCGAUUUACAGAAGUGCUGGACGACCUGCUUCACUUCAUGACUUAUGCCACCAACAUCAAUCCCUUAAUGGUGCUUUUUGAGUGGCGUUUAAGAAGUGACGAUUUGGUACACAUAUCUCACUUUCUGUUGGUCAUAUCCCAUAUGUUUGAAGAAAAUGACCUUUUCCACCCCGUCAUCAUCAAUCCCGUCGUCAGAAAACGCAUCAUGGAGUGCGUCGAUGCCAGUGUAAACAAUAUAUUGGCAUUACAAAAUGAUGCCGGGGUACCCACUGAGGAGUACGACUCGCAGUACAGUCAUCACAUGUCUAUUAUAUUUGGUUGUCUUACGGGGAUACGUUGCAUCCAUGCAUUGAGCUCAAGGAUGAAGUCGGUCAAUAGCGCAAUAAAUGUGGACACCCUCGAAUCAAUAUUGAGAGAAUGCUUAUCUAAGAUCACAUCGGACCCAGACAUACUGACAGUUCGGGUAUAUAUGCUGUGCAUAGACUUGCUAGAGCCUAGCAGAACCAAGGAAUGGGCCGACGCUCUGGUUGAUGCCACUGUGUCAAACAAAAGAUUGCAACAGGAUUACAGUAUCAUUGACUACUUGUCAAAGAAUUUUAACGAAAACGUGACGCCCCUCGCUAACCUCCUUAUGGCAUUGCUUCCACACCCAGGCACCAAAUUCCGCAUAUCCUGCCUGAAGUUUUUGAAGGCGUUUUUCGACAGUAGCGGGCUUGACACUAACUGUUUGACAUAUUUGUUAGAAAUGGAAGCUUUCGAACCUUCUCUCGAGAAUGAGCGUAAGAAGUCACUUUUGAUCUCCAAGGUGGUUGAUACCAUGAUUAUACCCAAGGUACUAACCGAGAAGUUGAACAUGUAUAUUGAAUUGAUAUUCAAGAUACUUGCGAGUCAGUUUUUUGUGAAGUUUGCCCCGUUGUGGCAGGCAGCAUUUGAAAACAUUGACAAACUUGUAUCCAAGCUUACAUCUAAUCUAACCGGCAAGCAAUCUUCCAAUUUGGCCCUUAUUCUAGAUCACAUGUGGGACAGUUGCUUUAAAAUACUCGAGGCAACUGAGGAUUCGAGUCCUAAGCUGCCAAAUGGAUUGCCUCAUUAUAUGUUACCCUUUAUACGCGUGGAAGAUGACCAGUCAACUGAUGCGGUCACAAUACAACGGGAGGUGCUACGUGUCAUAACGACUCUCAUCUCUCACAUGGAUCAUAAAGAUCAACGGCUAAUGACUAUCUGCUCUUAUGCAUAUGCCCAGAUGACGGAUACGUCCAAAGAUAGGUUCCGCAGGAAUGCACUUGAAAUGGUCUCAAUGUUGCUGCAGCAAUACAAAAUGAAAGAUCCACCCAGUUAUCUGGUUGAUGCAUGCCUACGUGAUGGAGUACGCUCGUCGGAUGGGUCGACGCGGGAAUCCUCACUACUCAUUGUUGCCAUGCGUUUCCCUGGUAUUAACAUAAAACGCCUCCACUCACUGGCGAUCGGUGAGUAUCAAGAUAUUAUGCAAGACCAGGAAUCUGGUGGGACUAUAUCAAAAGAUCCACGAAUGCGCGAAUUGUCACGUGGAAUUGAAAUAAGGAUGCUCUGUCCCAGGAUACUGCAGCACUCCAAGCAGCCACACUUCAAGAAUAUAUUCGAAUAUAUUUCCAGCCUGGACUCACGGUAUGUCAGUAUGAUAUGCGCGGAGUUUCUGCCGGGUUGUUUCAGCAACCAUUUCUUCACCGCUUCAGUUACCGGUGAUGACGCAUUUACGUGGAUGGUCGAUGUAAUGGGCUUUAACGGCGGCUGUUACAGCAACUUCCCUACACAAAAGUCACUGCGUGCCCUAGGUGUGAUGGUGCAACGGUUGAAAAAGACGCUACAUACGCAGGCACUGCCACUUUUCGAAUGUUGCCUCAAAAUGCUUGCUGACUGCACUAACAUAAGAAAUGGACAUGAAGAUGUUGCUGCAGGAUAUAUGGCCGAUUGCAACGUGGAUUCAAUGGUAUCUAUUAUUACAUCACUUAUGAUCGACUUGAUAACGUAUUUCCAAGAUUUAAUGCAACAAUUCAUCUCGCUACUAUCGGGAUAUAGUAGCUAUAUAGAGUCACUUCUGAACGGAAAUCAAGAUGUCCUGUCGCUUGUAGAAUGUUUAUUGCGAUGCAAUGGAUACACCAAGGAAUUAUGUACCUCUAUAAUCCCUGGUGCGUUCCCCCGUAUAUUCCAAUAUCCUGGAAACGCCACCCUUUUCGCGAUAAUUGAGCAUCUAUAUUGCCAAUAUGACUCUAGUGAUGAAGAUUCACCAAUGGGUCCCAUGAAACAGUUUUUGGUUGCGCACAGUCCAGCGGUUUUGGAUGCAUUAAGGAGCCAGACGCCCAUUGGAGUCCAUAUCAGCCAUGCUAUUUUGAUGCUCCCAAUCCCUGUUGAGCACCGACGAUCGUGCUUGACUAUCUUAAUGCAAAACAUACCUCAUUUGAAACGGGCGUACAUCCAGAAGUCUACAGACAUUAAACAAAACCAUGAGUACAUAGGUUCUCUACGGCUGUUUUUAGAGUGCCUUAAUCUUUGCGUUGGGUUGUUAACUUCUGAGGACGAGGAAAUGGUACAAGCCAUGUGGGACAUUGUGAAUGACUACCUGUUUUACGUUGGCGAUCUGCAGUGCAGAAGAUUGGCAUGCUCACUUCUAUCGUCCAUUCCCACCCAGGACACUGCUCUAGCUGCUCUGUGUGACCACCUCAUAAUAAUGAAUGGUUCCGACAGUAACAGCAUGGAUGCUAAGAUGGACCUUGACAUAAACUGCGAGCGGAUGCCGUUACUGAUAUCUGAUGUAGUGGAACAGGGCGGGUCUGCUAGAGUAAUAUUCACUGCAUUGACGCACGCACUGUACCUUAUGGUGGUCGGUCACAAGGAUCCUUCGGUGCGUCGCAGCGUUUUGAAUUUAACCAAUGCCGUGAUGGCUAGCACAAGCAAGGUGUUGAUGAAUUUCCCACUGGACAAGGACACGCAAUCUUCCUGUGAAGCUCUGGACAGUAUCAGAAAUCCGUAUCUAGACCUGAUAUCCAAAUGUAUUUUCCCGUUUAUAAAACACUGCAUAUCAAAUGAAGAUGGAAAGCAGGCAUUAUUCUUCAGUGCUAUAGAAUUAAUAGAGCAGUUUAGCAGUUGCUAUAGCUGUGACCAAAGGUUAGCAGCUUUUUUCGGCGAAAAGCUCCAUGGUGAUCUUUUGUUCAACCAGGAGGUGUUACAAUGUUUUAAGCAGUUGCAUCACGUGCAAAAACACUGGAGAAACGAAGGUCUCAAGCAAUUGGCAUUGCUCAUUGAAAGACAGGGACUGUUCACUUCCCAUACAACGUAUAAACUGCUAGUCCCAAUCUGUUUGGAAUUUUUGCUACAAAGUCGAUCUUCAAAGUAUAGCAUUUAUCGCGAGCCAUCCAUAGAUUGCUUAGUUGCAUCUGGAGCGAAGUUACCUCCUGAUGUGUUGCUAACGUUUCUGCACCGGCUGCUUGAGCUAUAUGAAUCUGAUGUUGAAGACGGGCUACACGUCUUCUCUCGAAUUAUAGUUAAUCUGCCAUUACCUACUAACGAAAAACCAUCCGUAUUGGUAUCACAGGAACCAGGUGACGAUGCUAAGUACCGUUGGCUCCUGCAAAGGCUCCGGCAGAUGCUCACACGUACGGAAGAUGGUGCUGAAAUUCCAUGUCCCAGCACAUAUGGCGCCUUUGGAUCUUUGUUGAGGCAUCAGAAUGCUGAUAGUUGUGCUAAAGAGGUGGUUAAGCUGUCAAGGCUUCUUUGCAAGUCCUUGUGCACAAGAACUCACGACAUACGUCAAGCUGGGCGCCAAGCUCUCAUUAAGUUUCUCCAGUGUAUAGGCUUCGAGUAUUUCCCCGUGGUUUUGAAAGAGUUAGCAGGUCACAUGUCACGUGGAUACCAAUUGCAGGUUCUUCUAUACACGUGCCAUGCUAUUCUAUCUACUUUCUCAAUGGCCAAUCCUGGAUUCGAAAUAACCCACGACAAAGUCGUCACUACGCUUUGCGACCUGAUAACUAAUGUGUUGAUUUUAGAACGUGAGAAGGAAGGCGUUUUAUCAAAGAUGACAGAGACGAAAGAAUCAAAGGCUUCGGGAAUAGUUAGGCUACUAAGUGAGUUUGGUAGCUUCGACGUAUGUUUGAGCACAAUUCGAUAUCUAUGGUCAAUAGUCAAGGGUACAUGUACAAUGCCUCCAGACAUGCGAUUUGAGUACUCAGUGAACCACUUACAGGUAGUUGAACGCCUAUUGUCAAGUUCUGUUACGGGUUUACUUGCCAACAAAAAUGUGGAUCUCUACGCUUUAGCAAGCGUUGUUUUCUAUGCUUUCCUCCCAUUGGUACGUGGCAUGAAGAGACGCUUCAAGGCGCAGCUGCCGUCUGAGGCUCAGUCCCAAUAUGCCCAGUUUUCUGAGUUAGCCACUGCAUCGCUGAAGCUCCACUCCGUGAAUAGCAAUAAUGGGUCUUCUUCUAAGGAACCGCAAAAGAAUAGUUUCAUGCUUACCAAUAAAGCUAAGGAGGAGCUCUAUACACUGUAUCCUGGGACAUCCACGGGGCGCUCCCUGGCAUCAUCUACCAAACUGGGAUUUGAUGACCAUAUAGUCUCACCGCUGUUUGUGGACGUGGCAUUGAAGAUUUAUGCAAAAUUGGCCGUGGAUGUACAAAGUGAGUUUGAAACCAGGAUCCCAGACGAUGUGGAGCCCAACGGAGAGUUGGGAUUGUCUCUAGCAAAAGUGUCUUGGAUGACAACGGCACUAGGUAUCGUAUUGUGCUUCAUAUCAGAAGAUAUGAAACUUCAGAAGUCCGCGGCAGCACCUCUAAUACAUCUGUGUAAUGACAAUACAGAAUUUAUGAAUAUUUGUGGACCCAUACUUGCGGAGCAUUUAGUGGAGAGCAUGGGAUCCAUGCAUCUCAUCGGUUCUGACGAUAUAGUGAAGGACCAUAUAACCUUGGUGUCACACUUUCUAAGGUCCAACCAGAGGGAUAUUUUAUUCGCCGCCUGGGAAAAGAUGGGCAAAUCCAAGGAGCUAGUGCCAGGCAUACUGAUGCAACUGGAAGCUAACCUCGACCGUGUUGGUCUACAACCCGCCAUAUUGAAGCUUUUUACGUUACUGCUGCAGCUGGAGAUGACACAUGACAAUAUUGAGAAAACACUCUACCAGGUUUUCCAAGAAAUCCUGGUACGUAUGCUCAAAGGCGGCAUGACUCCAUCUGCCAUGCGUGCAUCAUCGGAAGCGAUCGCAAUGUUUCUCAUAUGCGUUCCCAUGGAAGAGUCCAACCGUUCCAAGCGGUUCGGGAUGUUGCUGAAACAUGUUACUUCAUCUAUUCCUCUGGUACGCCUAACCGUUUUACAAUGCCUACGCCACUUUUUGCGUGGUUUGUGCAGGAAAGCAGGAUGGAAGCGUUAUAGCGAGAUGGUAAUGGUAUGUGUGACGAUGCAGCUACUGAAUGAAAGCGACCUUCAGUGCAAACGAGUUAUGGCUCGCAUCAUCGCUUUUAUUUGGUCAGAAAGCCCACCUGACAUCAAGAAAGGGCUAAUGGAGUGCAUAACCCACUUUCUCACUAAAACUGACGGAUGCAAAGAAGUUGCAUUUGCAUACUUUUCGUUCCACUGCCUUUCAACAGAGAAUUCGCUAGCGUGGGUACGGAAAAGUUGUAUUUUUGACUUCGCCGUUGGCUUUACACCAACCCUUGAAAGCGAGUUGUCUGUAUUACCUAACAGCGUAUUGUGGCAGUUUCCGUACUACUGGUUAAGACUGCUCGAUCAGUUUUUAAAUCUCCCUCAAAGUAGGGAUAGUCUGACAAUAAAUGAAAUACUGUACCCAGGCACUGACUCACUAGUGGUUGUUAUGAACAGAGUGUGGCAAUUCGCACUAGAUCACGGAAUUGGAUCGAGCCAUCCAUGGAUCCGCGCGGCGUCAUUGCGCAUGUUAACACGCUUGGUGUCGUCCGCGGAGGGAUACGCCAACAUCUACCAGAAGUAUGAUGGCGAAAUAUACCUUUUGAUUCGCCCAGGUUUAAAACUACUGUCCAUUGAGACAGCUAUGAUAGAACGCCAUGAUAAAGUAGGCGUUGCUCUGGAGCAAUGCGUAACGUCCUUAAUGGACCAAAUAUUAGCCAAUAUAUCGGAAGCCGAAAAGAACUUAGAAAGACUCAUCAACAAAUUAUGCCAUGACCUGCGUUUGUGCCUGGGCAAUUAUACGCAUUGUAAGCGCCGGAUAGAUAUACUACUGAAACUACUGCACCACUACGUCAAGAAUGACAAAGCUUACGAUACGCAUCUUAGGGCACCUAUGCUUAGAAUCAUGAUUGCAUCCAGCCGCGCUUUAACGUGUAACAUCCACCUGCAUCGCAUAUCGGAAUACGUGGAUGACGAUGAAGCGCAGCAAAAUCGCACAUCGCUGGUGUCUGAACAUGCUCACCAAAUUAUAUGCGAUAUUGAGUCUCGGUUUUCAAUGAUGGAUAAAGCCAACGAAUACACGAAGCUGUUAAGUUUUGCUAGAGACUUUGUGUCCCGUAGAAAGAUGAUGCAGCGUCUGAAGCGGCAAUCCAACAGCCGCCCGAAAACAAAGAAGACCCAUAGGAAAAAGAAGAAAAAACACAAUUUGGUAUAACAUCGUUCUGUAGUCAUCAAUAUUACUAAUGAUUUAUUAUAUCCCUAUAUAAUAGGGUAGUACCCUGCAGAAUGU